AUGGAGGGUUCGGAGCUAGACAGGGAACUGGAGGUGGAGGACUGGGUCCAGGUGGAGUUUUGCAAGGUGGUCUUGGUGGCUAUGGAACUGGGCCUGGGGGAGCUACUGCUGCUGGUUUUGGUCCAGGAGGUCAAGGAACUGGUGCUGGCGCCAUACCUGGAAAGUCAGGUUAUAGCCCGGGAGCAACAGGAUUUGGUCCUGGUGGUGCAGCAACUGGUCCUGGCGCAACAGGAUUUGGGCCUGGGGGUGCAGGAUUUGGGCCUGGGGGUGCAGGCUUUGGGCCUGGGGGUGCAGGAUCAAGAUUUUGGAGGACGUGGUGUUCUCCCUGGAGUGGCAACUGGAUCUGGACUUGGCCCUCAGGGGGGUGCCGGAGUACUCGGCCAGGGUGGUGUUGGCCAAGGAACUGACAAUGGUCGAGGACAGCAGCUACCAGGGGUUUUUCGUGGGUACCCACUCAUAUCACCAAAGUCUGGGUCAGGGAAGUCGAAAAGUCCAGCCAAAGCUGCAGCUAAAUAUGGUGGAGCUGGAGGCGGUGCACUUGGACAAGGUGGCACUUUGGGAGUUGGCACAAGUGGACUACCUGGAGGAGGACUAGGUCUCCCUGGCUUUGGAGGCGGAGUUGGAACAGCUGGUGGAGCUGGAGCUAUUCCCGGAUUUGGAGGCGGAGCUGGAACAGGAGGUGGACCUGGAGCUGUUCCUGGAUUUGGAGGCGGAGCUGGAACAGGAGGUGGACCUGGAGCUGUUCCUGGAUAUGGGGGUGGAGCUGGAACAGGAGGCGGACCUGGAGCUGUUCCUGGAUAUGGGGGUGGAGCUGGAACGGGUUAUGGUCCUGGAUCGGCCAAAGCACGCAAAUAUGGUCAGCCUGGUGGUGCCGGAACCGGUACAACUGGAGGCCUCGGAGGACCGGGAGGAAGUGCUGGUGUUGGCACAGGAGUUCCAGGAUAUGGUCAAGGUGGCGUUCUCACCGGUCCAGGUGGUGCUGGAUAUGGUCCAGGUGGUGGACCAGGUAAUACUGGAUUCAGACCAGGUGGAGCCGGAGUAGGAUUAGGGGGAACAGGGGCAAUAGGAUCUGGAGGGUAUGAUGCCAGUGCCAAAGCUCGUAAAUACGGCAUGCUAAGUGGAGCACUAGGAAGUCAAGGAAUAAGUACCGGAGGACUUGGACCUGGUGGUGCUGUCACAGGCCUUCGACCAGGAGGUGGAGUUGGACCCGGCAGUGUUGGCACAGGUUAUGGACCAGGGGUAGUGAGACCUGGUGGUGUCGGAACAGGAUUUGGACCAGGAGUUGGACCAGGUUCUGCAGGUAAAAGCUAUGGACCCGGUGGAGUUGGAACUGGUGGUGCUGGUACAGGCUUUGGACCAGGAGGAGUUGGGCCUGGUGGUGCUGGUACAGGCUUUGGACCAGGAGGAGUUGGGCCUGGUGGUGCUGGUACAGGCUUUGGACCAGGAGGAGUUGGGCCUGGUGGUGCUGGUACAGGCUUUGGACCAGGAGGAGUUGGGCCUGGUGCUUCUGCUGCAGGCUUUGGAACAGGUGGAGUCAAGCCUGGUGGUGCAGGCAAAAGCUAUGGACCAGGAGGAGCUGUUGGACCCGGUGGUGCUGGCACAACAUAUGGACCUGGAGGAGCUGUGGGACCUGGUGCUGGUGCAGGUUAUGGACCAGGGGGAGUUAGGCCUGGUGGUGUUGGUACAGGGUUUGGACCAGGAGUUGGUCCUGGUGGUUCAGGUAAAAGUUAUGGACCAGGAGGAGCCAUUGGACCCGGUGGUGCUGGUGCAGGUUUUGGACCCGGUAGAGGAUAUGUGCCAGGCAGUGCAGGAACUGGCUAUGGACCCGGAGGUGGAGUCGGGCCUGGAGGUGCUGGCACUGGAUUUGGUCCAGGAGGAGUAGGACCUGGAGGUACCGGCACUGGAUUUGGACCAGGAGGAGGAGUAAGGCCUGGAGGUGCUGGCACUGGAUUUGGACCAGGAGGAGGAGUAGGGCCUGGAGGUGCUGGCACUGGAUUUGGACCAGGAGCAGGAGUAGGGCCUGGGGGUGCUGGCACUGGAUUUGGACCAGGAGCAGGAGGUUAUGCUGGUGCCAAGGCUCGAAAAUAUGGUCUUCCUGGGGGAGCAGGUGUUGGAACUGGACCAAGUUCUGGCCUUGGAGUGGGAGGAGGUUUCCAAGGACAAGGUCCUGGACAAACAGCUGGAGGAGGCGCUAGUGCGGGACUCGGAGCAGGUGGACUGCCUGGUUCUGGUGUUGGAACUGGAGGAGGAACUGGUGGUUUUGGACAAGGCAGCACAGGCGGUCUUCCUGGUGGCAGUGGAGCUACUGGGUCAGGUCAAGAUGGAAGAUUGGGUGGCCCAGCAGGGGCUGGUGGAACGGGAUAUGGACCUGGGGUUGCACCUGGAGCAGGUUUUGGACCACAAGGAGGAUACGGUGCAGGGACAGGGACUGGAUAUGGACCAGGUUAUGGAGCUGGGUCAAAGGCUGCCAAAUAUGGUCAAGGUGGAGCCGGUGGUGGCGCACUUGGAGGUGGAGCGGCACAAGGUGGCUAUGGAGCUGGAGGUUUUGGAACUGACACAACAGCUCAAGGUUAUGGGACAGCUGGAUCCAAAGCUGACAAAUAUGGUCUAUCUGGUGGAGUGUCACCUGGAGCAGGAACUGGUAUGAGCGGUCCAAUGAAUGGUACCCACAUUUUGAUGAACGGAACCAGCACGGGUGGGGGUGCUCGUACAACAACCAGACCUGGUGGACGUGAUGCUACACGAGGCACACUAGCUCCACUUCCAGAAGGUGGACGUGGUGCUGAAGUGGGAAAGGAUGGAAAAGACAUUGAUGGAGGUGAGGGUGGUCCCGGCAGUGUGAUAGAGGGGUCUGGCAUUGCUGCAGGAGAAGGUGUGUUUAAAAUGGACUAA